AUGACCGCUAGAACUGACAUUCAACCUCCCCCACAGGCCAGUUUGCCGCCUCUUUCGCCGCCAUCGCGGUCUAAUGGUUCUGUGCCAUCUACCGGCAACAGCAGGAGCAAGAGCAAGAGCAAGAGCAAGGGCAGCAGCAAGAACAGUGCCAACAAUGGCAAUGGAUCAUCAUCCCAAAGUCGGCCCUCGGUGCCCCCAUGGAAUAACCAAGGUGAACGAUUGAGUCCCAACCAGGUACCAAUUUGGAGACCGACAUUCCAACCACGAACCGACCCCCGUUGGCUUACGGAAUCGAUGUCACCCGAGACACUUAGACCCCGAAGCCGGCACAGUAGUCCUCGGCCGCUCCCAAGGUCUGAUGCGCCCGAACCAGAGGUACAAGAAGGAGAAGGAAGCUUCAUCAAUCCUGUGGCUAUACCAUCAUCGUCGACUCCGGCAACACAGAGACAAAACUCGCAACCACCCGGCCAGGCGAUCGAUAAUGCUAUACCUAUCAGCAGCGGCAGCAGCAGCACCAUUGAUAUCAACAAUAACAACAAUAAUAACAACGACAACGACAAUACUGGCCCGGCUGUUCCAAAUGUUUUGCAGGAUACAAUCAACUCAGGACUUCCUUUACUGAAUUCAACUAUUCCUACGUGGCAGAUAAAUCCGGGAAACUAUCCAGCAUACCCAGGACAUCCAGCAUAUCAACCCUAUAUAGGAAAUCCAGCACCACCCAUCAACUCGGGACUUCCCGCACCACCAUCGCAUACGGCACAACUAGGUCCUCCUCCACGACUUCCUGUUUUCCGCCGUGCAAAUUCAACCCCUACCCCAGCACCAGGUAGGCUUCAAGCACGUCGUCGUCGUCGAACUCAGGCACUUGAAAGUGCUGUUGCUGCCGCCCUGGCCCCUCUAGAACCGACUCCUGAGGAACCAGAAGAAGAACGGAACAUUGACGAAAACAACGAUGAGGAGGUGGUGGAACAGCAAGGGCGGCGAGGGCAAGGGCAAGGGCAAGGGCAAGAACAAAGUCAAGAACAACGUCCAUCACCAGCCCGCAAUCAAACCCCCGGUCCUGCUCCUGUUCCUGCUCCUGCUCCUGCUCCCAAACGGAUUCCCAUUCCUCGUAAAAUGCCAACUCCGCCAUCACCACCCAAACACGCGAAACGUCGUCCCGUCACUCCAAGACGAUAUUCACCCGAAAUUCAUUUCCGGACACGACGAAUUGCAUCACGAGCUCCACCACCACCUUCACCACCACCGCCGCCACCGCCGCCACCACCACCACCUCCGCGCCGGGUCGUGGAACUGAGUGAGAACGGGUAUCCAAAGUUACCAGCGAUAUCCAUAGCGAUUCCACGGCCAUCGCCAUCGCCACCGCCGCCGCCACCGCCAACAGGUAAGAAACCAGCUGGUUUGGCUAAGAAGACGGCAUCAAAGGUGGGGAAAACGGUCACGUUUGCAAAGACUGAGACCAAGGGGAAGACGACCAAGACGACCAAGACGACCACCAACGCUAAGGGAAAGGGAAAGGCUGCUGGUAAAUCAUCCAAGACAGCGACACCAGGAAAACAAGCAAGGAAACAACAGGUGGGGAAACAACCACGUAAACAAGCACGCCGCCGUCGCAGAGCCAAUACACGACGAAACCGAGAAUUAUUGUCUGCAGUCGAAGGGAUUCAAAGACAAUAUGUACAAGCGCCGAUACCGACGCAUGGAAGAGUGACGAGGGCGGCGGGAAAGAGUAUUGAUUCGAAGGGGUUGUGAUCGCAAUUAGAA